GUGAAUCUGAUGGUUUCUCUAUAACAAGCAGUCUGUCUCGGCAGUCGUCUGGUAGACCAGCAUCCUCAGCUGUCAAUGUUCGAAUUCGUCGUCCCUCUAACACAAAAACUAUAUUAAAAUCUAAGUCAUUAUCUAAUAUAACUGGUGGUGUUUAUACCCGUCCUGCACUACGUCCUAGUCUAUUUCCAAACAUUCCUCCAACUAUCAAUUUUAUAUCUGAAAAUGAGAAAGUGGAAUUGUUACCAUGGGAGAUUCGUAAAUUAUUAAAAUGGAGAAUGAGCCCUAUCACACCCAAUAUAGUCAAAUCAGCUUUAGCUAGAGUAGGAUUUAGAAUCAGUAAAAGUAAGUUGAAGGUUUAUCACUCAUACAGUAUCUUUCCUUCAACACAACACGUCUCUAUGAACUCAAGUGUUGGAAGUUCAACUGAUAAUGUUAUGAUAUUGGGUAAUAAUGGCCGAAAAUGA